GUUACAGACAGACCAACAUUUCAUUUUCAGCACCAGUCACUGUGACUGCGCCCUGCUUAGAGAUGUUAUCGUUUCAGGUUUUACGUCGUUUGUGCCUGUUUGGAGUCACUAAACCGGUUUGCCAUGGUAGAGUGAUCUCAGCAUGUGGACUGAAGACUUCCACCGUCAAUCACAGUCACGGACAACCUGAUCCAGUGUCAGUUGUGACAUACGAACAGCUCAAAGCUAUGUUGGCCAAUCACAGCGUACAGCUAUUUGACGUCAGAAAUCCAGAUGAAUUCCAGGCUGGUCGGAUUCCUGAUUCCAUCAACAUUCCAUUGGGACAGCUUGAGGAGUCACUAAAGCUCCCACCACAACAGUUUCAACUGCAGUUUAAGGUGAAAGCCCCCCAAAAGGAAGAUGAUGACAUAGUUUUCCAUUGCCGAAGUGGGAAAAGGAGUUUGUCUGCUCUCGAAAUUGCUCAUCGUCUAGGAUUCUCAAAGGCACGGCAUUAUGCAGGCGGAUACAUUGAUUGGGAAGAGCAUGAGAAAAAGUAACAGUACUAACUGGGCAGCAUUUUUUAUUAAAUUGACUUCAUAUUACUG